AUGGAAGUAGGUGUGCAGGAGGUGUGGAGGAGGGAGGGGCGGCAGUGGAGGGAGUGUGGGAGCCUGGGGGACAAGGCAGCUCGACAAGUGGCAGUUCAGUGGGUGCUAAAGAAGGUAAGCAGAGUCAAUAAGCAACGAGGGUGCAAGCAGGGGUGGAGGAGGGAGGGGCAGCGGUGGAGGGAGUGUAGGAGCCUGGGGGAGGUGGCAACUCGACUGGUGCUAAAGAAGGGAAGCAUAGUUAGUAAGCAAAGCGGGUGCAAGCAGGGGCUGCAAGCAGGGGCGGAGGAGGGAGGGACAGCAGUGGAGGGAGUGUGGACGCCUGGGGGAGGUGGCAGCUCCACAGGUGGCAGUGCAAUGGGUGCUAAAGAAGUCUCCGCCUUCUUCCCAUCAGGCUCUCUACAAUCUCUCCACGUCCCCUCUGAGUAUGAUGGAAAGAAGGGAGGGUUCGAGGGUAUUCACCAGACCAGCCAGAUUCCCGCGCUCUACCUCCCCAUCACCAUCUCCCCUUUCUUCCCCUCGGGCUCGCUGCAAUUCCUCCAAGACCCCCUCUGGGCAUUCGCCAAGCCUUCUGCUGCUGCACCGUCCCUGUCAACUGCGAAUGAGCUCUCCCCAGAGCACCUCCUGCAGUUCGACCCAGACACAUUGGAGAAGCAACUGCAGGCCGUGCCGCUGCCGUCACUGCUGCUGCUGUCCCCUAAUGAUCGAGCCACCUUCUUCCCACAUGAGGCACAACAGCAGUCCCAACCCAGUCAGGAGAUCUCCUCCUCCCACCUUUCCCACUGGUGGCUGGACCCUGAGUGCUAUGCCACGGAUGAGAGGGACUGGGUGGUGGUAGGGGAAGAGGAGGGGGGGAGUGGAGAGACAGGGUAUAAUCUGGGAGGGCAACAUGGGGAGGAGAAUGAGUUGCAGCAGCAACAGCAGCAGCAGAAACUGCAGCACGGGCAGGCACCUCAAAAGUCUUCGCUCCCAUUAACACCACAGCCUGCAGCAGCCUCUGGACUCGCACCGAGCACACAGGAAGGUGCAGCAAAGCAGCAGCUAGAACAGCCGGGACAGCAGCAGCAGCAGCAGCAGCAGCAGCAGCAGCAGCAGCAGCAGCAGCAGCAGCAGCAACUGCAGCAACAGCAGGAGCCUGAAAAGUCAUCGCUCCCAUUAACACCACAGCCUGCAGCAGCCUCUGGACUCGCGCCGAGCACACAGGAGGGCACAGCAAGGCAGGAGAUACAACACUCUGGGCAGCAAGCAGGAAGUAAGAAUGAUGCGCAUGGGAAUGUGCAUGGGUAUGCGCAUGGGCUUGCAGGGGAAGAUGAUUUGGAUGAGUUGCUGGGAGGACAGGUAGGAAGCAGCAGCGGUGCAACCAGAAAAGAGAAUUGCCAGGCGAAGCAGCAAGCAGAAGCAGGGGCAGCAGCUCUUGUGAACGUGCAUGGGCAUGGGAAUGUGCAUGGGCUUGCAGGGGAAGACGAUUUGGAUGAGCUGCUGGGAGGGCAGGCAGGGAGCAGCAGCGGUGCAGGUGCAACCAAGGAAGAGGUCAAGGCAGCAGAGGGGAAGGCAGCAGCUGGUUCUGCUGUGCCCAGUGCAAGUGCAGCUCAAGUGAAGCCUGGGCUGAAGCCAGCAGCACCACAGGCACCAGCGCUAGAUGACUUUGAUGAAUGGUUUGAUUCUGUGACAUAG